AUGUCAUACGAAAAAGAAUUGCGGGUAGCCGUGCAAGCAGUGCGUAAGGCAUCGCUAUUAACUAAGAGAAUCCAAUCUCAGAUCACUUCCAACAAAGGCCUCUCCUCAUUUACUAAGGAUGACAACUCGCCGGUAACAAUCGGCGAUUUUGGCGCGCAGGCCGUGAUCAUUAACGCUAUCAAGGUACACUUUCCGGAUGACAAGGUGGUGGCCGAAGAAACCAGCGAAGGUUACAGCGACGAGCUCAUGGAGCAGGUGCUGAGCGAAAUUCGCGGUGCCGACAGCGAGUUUGGCGCGGUUCUAGGCGAUGUUGCAACAGAGGUGCCCCUCACCAAUUCGCGAUUCCCGCUCACGAGCGGGGUUCAAGUGCGUGCUGCUAUCGACGCCGGGAAUCACACUGGUGGACGCGAGGGCCGCUUCUGGUGCCUGGACCCGAUAGAUGGCACCAAAGGAUUCCUCAGGGGCGCACAGUAUGCCGUGUGCCUGGCGCUCGUGGUCGAAGGUGUCGUGCGCCUUGGCGUCAUCGGCUGCCCUAACCUGCAGCUGGCGCCCUUCGGCCUCCAGGACCCGGCUCCCGCGCCGCUGGGCUACUUAUUCAAGGCUGUCGACGGCUCCGGGUCUUUCUACGGCUCCACUACCUCCGACGUCUGGAGCCCAGCCGCUGUGCGCCGCCUCGCGCAUUCUUCGGAAAUGGUCGCUCUCGAGGGCUACGAAAAAACACACUCGGCGCACGACGCCCAGGCAGUCAUCAAAGAAUCUCUUGGCAUGACGCGGUCACACCAGCUUGACUCCCAGGCCAAGUACUGUCUGCUCGCCGCCGGCUUGGGCGACCUUUACCUGCGCCUUCCUCUCAGCCUCGCCUACCAGGAAAAGAUCUGGGACCACGCGGCAGGGAAUGUAAUUGUGCGCGAGGCUGGCGGCGUGCAUACUGACGCAGUCUUAGGCCAGCCACUCGACUUCGGCGCCGGCAGAACUCUUUUAACUAAAGGCGUCAUCGCCAGCUGCGGUCCAGCGUCUGUCCACGAGCACGUGGUUUCAAUAUCGUCAGACGUGAUUAAAAACCGUUGA